ACCGUGUUAGUCGAUAAAACAGCACUAGCCAGACCAGUCAUCGUAUCGUUACGUUGAGAGGAAAAGCCUUCAUCUCGCGUAUAAAUUCUCAUUCUGAAUUUUUUCAUAAACUGUACAUAAGUAUAUUCGCCAGAAAUAAUAACAAGCCCAAAGUUUCGUGAAAACUUACUACCCCGACGAGUUCAGUGGUGUUAUAUUAAUUUCAAAUCCCAUGAUUUGUAUCUUGAAGAUAUAAUUCCUUCCUACUUAUGCAGUAUCAAGCCUGUAAAUUUUAAUUAAAAAAUAAUGUUUUAAAACGCAUCGUCUCAUCUCGUCUCAAGAAACGUGAAGCCAAAAUCGAGACAAAGCACGGAGAUAAAAGUAAAAUUAAGAAGCAAGCUGGUUUCCUCUAAUUCCUUGGUUGGUGGGAUAUGCAUUCAUCAAAUUGAAACUGAUUUAAUUGUGAGCCGGUGGUGAGGUGAAGUUGUUCAUCCAGUUUUGACUCACGAAGGAAGCAGCCAAAACUAAACAAGAGAACGCAUCUUCCGCGUCAUUUGCAGAUCUUCUAAGUAAGCAACAUAUCACAAGGAAGACUGUUCAUUCAACGCAACCAAAGGCAAACCGUGGUCAAGAAGAUAUGGAUGUGCACUGAAUUUUAAAGCAUGACUUGAGCCAACAGGAAGACGUACCCGUCCACAUUUUUAUCAAGUGGUCGAAAACAAAAAUAAAGUUUCCACUACCGCUAAUUAGUCGGCAAACAAAUAUUUUACCUUCCCUUCCCAUAUGCCCUUCCCAUAUGCAAUGUGCUGUACUGUACAUUAUGUUGCAUACAAGGUGCAACAGCUAUAAAUUGACUAAAGAAAGGCGAAAUUAGGCAGCCAGUCUUUUGCUUGAGAAAGACAGAAAAGUCACAAACCCAACUUGUUGGAAUGCUUGUAUGAAAUACAAUGCAGACUCUAAAAUUAUGAAGCUUUUAUGCAACUUGGUGAAAAAAAAAUAAAUCCUAAAUUUUGUGGUUUCACAUAAGAUUUAGUUGGAGUGAUAUAUAUAUAUUUGUAUUUACAUGUGUGUAUGUAAAUGACACUGCAUGAAGCUGUUAAUUGUUCAAAUGAGCCAAACAACUUGUUGGAGUUUAUGAAUAAUUUAUGGAGACAGGUCAAACAUUUUUGUUAAAAUGCCCAAAAAUUGGACAAUAUGUUACCUCUCCAUUUAGUUGAAGGUUUGCGACUUGUGCUCCUAAUCAGAAAUUGGGAGUUUUAACACUUUCCAGAUUUACUUCUUUUUAAUACCAACAUCACGCCGUGGAACAGAAGUCGUAGUGAAUCGUUCAAUUUCUAUUCAGUCAGUGCAGUCAUUCAGAUGGUGUAACCUGAGAAGCUUUGAAGCUACAUAAGUAAUUGGAUUCAUUUAGAAAUAAAUCCUAGCAGUCCCAGACGUCCUGCACGUAAAGAAGAGGAUUCCUCAGCUACUGUCAUCACUGCCGAAAUAAGUAGCGUGUGACGGUUGACAUUGAACGAGAGUGGACCAGUUUCUACACCAAAAUUAUCAAAUUGUCGAUCCGUGGAGAGGUUGGGACAUGCACGGCUGAAGGAUGUGAAAAGGAGACACGACAGCCCUUGCAACCAUAUUGAGUCACACCAGGAGUAUUGAACAACAGCGGAAACGUGUAACGAUGAGACUUUUCAACCGACGGAAAGAGAUGGAAUUUGAUGACCCACGCCUCGUUGGAAUGUCGCCUUUGAAACCCACCGAGGAAAUUAUCGGAGGGCAAGCUCCCCAACUCAACAAAUCGAGUCGAACCAUGCCCACACUAACGGAAGAACGACCAACGACAGAAGGUCUGCUGCCAGCAACGUUCAAAAGGCCUCAGCAACCGGACAAGUGCAAAAUGACAAAUGUGUCCACGUGGAAAAGAGUGGCCCGACCAUGGGAUUCAUUGCGAAGAUCUGAAUCCUCGGAUCAGUUGAGCAAAUCCGUGAUUUCUCACAGAAGGAAAACUUUACACUUUCAUCCGAAUUCUGAAGAAAACAUUAAAUUUGAAGACCAAGAGGAACAUGUUGCAAGAAUCGCAAUGUCUGAAAGAAUCGACCCUCUUCGUCAGCAACAACACGAUACAAUGUCUUUGUCACCAAAGCGAAAAAUAGGUCGGGUUGAAUCCCUACGACUUUUAUUGUCAAAAUCUAACAGGAUUUAUCGGGGAAGAUUUGUCAAUUCCAAGCAAGAUAAAGGUACAAUGACAACCCAAGAUCUCAACUGUGAUUUGAACGACAACAAGUUCCAGUUCCCUACACUUUAUACUGAAAAUGAUGAGAUUUUCCACUCCAAAUAUUCUUCCAUUUCGUCCCUAAAAUCUGACACAAUUUUCAGCCCUUUGUCAGCCAUGAAUCAAUUUCGAAGUAGAUAUCAACUCCCAAAAGCCACAAGCUGUGAGAAUCUAUCCAUUAAAAAUGGAAAUCAGGGCAGAACGCUGCCAGGCUAUAGGGAUAUGUCCACGUCAACAACUCCGUUUCUGGAUUCUUCAUGCUUCUCACCACAACAAACUUUUACCACACAAACGACGAAUACCAAGCGGUCCUCAUUUCCACACGACUACAUCAUAAGGUCAAGAUUAUCCUCUUUACAGGAAGAACCUAAAAAAUGCCCAAUAAAACCUCCUCGAGUAUCACUUAUUCAAAAGCAGGACCACACUCAAAACUCGUGUUCAUUCGCGUCAAAUUUCGUACACAAAGGGUUUCACCACAGUAUGGGAAAUCUGCUAUCAUCGACCAAGGAAGAGGGUCAUCACUCAUCAGCCGUAGAUUGUGAAGACGAAGUAGAAAGUGUCUGCCGGAUAUUCAGCGACCAUAUCGACGACCCACUCAAGCAAAUCCGUAUUGAUUUACUGCACAGAAAUCCAUCCGAAAUUGAUGAGCAGAUCCCUAGCCCUACAUUCUGGGGACGAAGAAGCUACUCCAUCGGAGAUAUGCUGGCUGACAAGCGCAAGGUUGGCAAAUCUAAUAGUGGGAAUUCCAAUGGAGUAGAAGAAAGUGGGUAUGACAGCGACUCUACGAGAAAUGGACACGAGUCGCCUAGGAAUUCUGUCAAGUCUCCAGCAUCGUCGGAAACGGAGGCCGACAACAUUGAUCCAAUCAAAGAAGAAUGUUCAACAAUUAACAAGAAAUCCGAGACGACGUCUUUGGAUUCUCAAACAGGGUCCACCAAUGAUAGUGACACCUCUUCUGGGGGUUCAUCAUCGUGUUCAUUUCCGGCCAGUGGUGGCUGCUUAAUUACAAUUAAUACGAUUAAUAGAAACCCCAAGUUUAGAUCGUCCUCUGUCAAUGGGUUUCGAAAAGGCGAAGACGGUUCAAUUAUAGAAGUUACUUCUGAAAUAGAUCAAUCAGAAGACGUGGACUUUUACUCCCAUGCAACUGAUGGAGCCUUGGAACAGGUCAAAGAAAGAAAGACGACAGACUCAAUUGCACAAAUGGAACCCGCAGACCAUGUGACAAUUGGUUAUCAAGAAUCAAGUGGUUCAAGCGUAUUUGUCAGUGAUGGGGGGACAGAAGAGGAGAAAUCAAAAUCGAGAACGAAGGUGGAAGAAUCUGGCGAAAAGUUCACCACUACCCUACCAAUUAAAAAACCCAUGUUGAAUGAUGUACAAAAAGUUUCCUCUGCUCCUUCUCUGCGACUAAGAAAUCGUGUUCGAGACAAGGACCGUGAGUGGAAUUCUAUAAAACCAAGCAGAUCAAAGUCUCUUUGCCUGUCGAUUUUCACGGUCAGCUUCAACAAGGGGCCGAGAAAAAAGAGUCUUGGUUUCUCUAUAAUUGGAGGUUCAGAUUCACCCGUUCCAGGAAUAUUUAUCAAGCGGAUUUUCCCCUAUGGACAAGCCUCUGAAGAAGGGAGUAUAACGGAGGGGGAUGAGAUACUGUCAAUAAAUGGGCAUCCGCUUGCAAAUUCCACCCACGCGGAAGCCUUGCUGCUUUUCAAGAGCAUAAAAACCGGGGAUAUCUUGCUUGAGGUUGCUCGAAGAGAAUUCUUGGCGUCCAAUACGAGCCAGACGACGCUCAAACGCCAGUACUCCCAGCUCAGCUCCAAGUCGUGCGAACAGCUUCACAAGGCUUACUGAAAAUUGUCUGCUCUCAUUUAUGGAAAUGCAGUUAACGUUUGGGACCAAUCGUGUUUAUAGCUUAAAAAUAAAUGCACAAAUUAAUUAAUCAGGUCAAUUAACUAAUUAAGUCUUUAACGUGUUUAUUAUUCUUUAUUCCAGUAAUAAAUAUGUGUGUACAUACAGCCGUGGUUGAGUAGUAAUGAAGAGAAUAAAUUGAGUUACCACUUACUUCCGUCCUGUUUUAAAAUAUUAAAUUUUAUUUAAGAUCUAUGUAUUUAUAAGGUGUCAACAAAUGUGAUGCAGUUAAUUAAGACAAAAAUGAUAUUAACUGCUAAUAAAUCUUGUUUAAUUGAA